AUGUCGCCUCCUCGUUCCGCCCCCGCGGCGGCGGCCUCGUCCAACAGCAACAACCGCCAAUCUCCCUUUUCUCCUGCAAGCAGAUCUUCCUCGUCUUCCUCUUCUGCUCGGGCGUCUUCUUCGGGUCGACCGUCUUCCCCGGCUGCGAAGGCGAGCUCGUCUCCGUCUUCCUCGCGCAAGACGUCUCAGGCGGCGUCCGCCCCUCUCGCUGGUGCCUCGCCCUCUUCACCUGUAAGGCCUCGUCCUCCCUCGACUAUGCCCCAGAGAGAUCCCAGGGAAGUCGCUGCGGAAGUCCUGCCGAUCUCCCCGCGCAUGUCUCUGGCGUCGAUUUCUCCUCCAGCGCUCUCCUCGCUCUCUUCUCUUCUUCCGUCUCCCUCUGAACAGGACGCACCUGCAGUGAGCGGGAGUCCGACCAAGGAGGCGUGCGCGGGGGGGACACAUGGCGACGAGGGAGAGAGAGAGGCGACACCCCUUUGGCGAAAGAAAGGGUUCGCGUCUCGUGAAGGACCAGAAAUUCCCCCUGCUGCCCUCGACUUUCUGCAUGCGCUGGAGGCCCUAGGCGAGGGGCUCGGCCGGAGUGGGUGCCCAGCGAGCCACGGGAAGCAAUCGGGGACUUCGUUUACAGCGACGAAACGCGAGGGAAAUGGAGGAGAAAGCGGAGAGGGGAGGAGAGCCGAGGAAGGCGACAGACGCGAGGCGUGUGAGAAAGAAGGUGGGGCCACAUUCGAGGCAACUUCCUCACUUUUCGCGCCGUCGCUGAGAGCCCUGGGGAAGUCCGGCACUUCCCCAGAGGGCCUGCGGUCAGGCCCGGAAGGAAGGGGAAAGGCAGAGCCACAAAAACACGUCGCAGAGAGUCCUGCGCUCUUCGAUGUACAGAGGGCGUGCGAGCUGGCUCUGCUGCGCGACUUGAUGGAGCCGCCGUUCACGCACUUUUCGCCGUAUUUCCCCUCUCUCCUCUCUGGAGAGACGAAGCAAGAGGCAGAGAAAGACGCCCUCUCGUCGCCCGCCUCUUCGGCGCCGCUGUCGCCCACGGACAAGCUGAAGUGCGAGAAGGAGGCUACGACGCCCCUAGAGGCCGUGGCGGAUGCUGGCGAGUCCGCGGAGAAAGACGGGAGGAGGGAGCUGAGUUCGGCCGAGCUUCUUCAGCAAGUGUGCGGUCGCGCGAUGCUGCAGCGCACCUUCUUGGGCUUGGCAGCUGUACGUACACUCGACGGUGCGCUGAACGAAGUGUGGGAAAAGGUGACCGAGUGUAUGUACACCCGGAACCGAGUGCGUGCUCUGGAAAAGGCGGAAGCUGCGCGGCUUGCACAGGAAGAGGAGCGCGAGAGCGACAACGAACCACAGAAGAAAGAAGACAAGAGCGACAUGGGAGGUGGAAAGAAAGCCUCGUCCUCCAGUGCCGUGCCUGCCUCGCAAACGGGUCUGCCUGCAGAAGAGGAGACAGGCCGGAAGGACGCAGGCGCUUCGCAGUUGGCCGUCGCUCGAGUGAACGCUCCGGUGGCGAUCGAGGCGAGGACCAAGAAGCUCGGAGACUGGUACUCUCAAGUUCAAGACUGCUUGACCGUCUCCUCGCCCGAUGCUCCAUCCGAGACGUCUACAGUCUCCCCGUCUUCCCCUUCCACCUCUCCUUCCCCUUCCACCUCUUCUUCCCCUUCCGCCUCUUCUUCCCCUUCCGCCUCUUCUUCCUCUUCUUCGCCUUCUGGUGAUUGUCCUUCGUCGGUUUUGUCUGACUUGAGGCGGCGUCUGAUCAAUUUGCAGUGGAAAGAGAUUCCGCAGCGGGUGUUGAAUCUGCGAGCGCAGAACCGGUCGCUCUGUUCCGUGCAGCAGGAGACUGAGGAACUGCUCCACUUUGUCUCUCUGGGACGCAGCUGUGCCGCGACGGAGAAAGAACGGCGAACGUACCGUCAGCUCCUCGUGCAUCGGAAGACGGCGGAGGAGAACGCCUUCGAGACUCCCGCGUUCGACGCGUUUCUCCGACACCUGCGCAGUCGGAAGGAAGAGCCGGUGCACGACCUCAAGCGCGGCCCGACGCGUGGGAGAGGCACGGGGGGCGGCGCGGGCACUUCGCGAGGCUCAGACGCGCUUCCCAGGAAAGGCGAGACAGAAGAGAAAAAGUCGCGGGACAGAGAAGACGGCGAGAGAGACGCAGACUCUCAACACGCCUCGCUCUACGCAGCAGCCGUCGCCGCAGUGGCGGCUUCCCAAGCCGGCGAGGAAGGCUGCGACCGCGCUCACGAGACGCUCCUGCUGCUCCUCAACUCGGAACUCCAGGAAAGAAUCAAAGAGAAGGAGAAACUCGAGGACGUCAAGCGCCAAAGAGAACACGCGGAACAGCAAGAGGAGGCGUUGGAAGCGAAGGCUGCGCAGUUUCCGAAGAAGCUGCGGCAGCUGCAACAGGUUUUGCGAGAGCUAGACGACAUGUGCAAGUCCUUUCUCUCGAGCUGCUCCUCGGAGAAGCAAACUGUCGAGUUUCCCACCGAAGCCAAGCGGCUGCCUGCGCCGCUCCUAUCUCUCUUUUCGUCCUUCUUCUUCCACGCUCGCCUCUCGGGCGACGCCGCGGUUGCGGGUCUGAGCGUCGAGGACUUGUCCUUCAAAAGGCAAAAGCGAGCGCGGGGACGGGAGACGAGUGCACAGGCGCGCGACCGCGAAGACGCCCCGGGCGACGGCGAGACGGACCCAGCGCCCAAACGGAGACGAACGGGCGAGUCGGCGAAGGACGAUGCCGGAGAGGAUGCCGGCUGCUUGGAGGCCGGGGAGCCUGGAAAGAGCAAAAAGAGAGAGGACGAAGACCGAGACACAGACGGAAGUGAAGAAGGCGGAAAACGUCAUCUGGAGAAACUGCAUGAAAAGGAAGUCAGAGUUGAAAUCGCAGCAGACCCGCAUCUCCCUCUACCGUCUCUUUUCCUCCCCGCCGCAGCGUCGGGGGCGUCAAGCGGCCUUUCGCCUUGUGCUGGGAAGUCAAAGGUUCCAGCGAAACUUGAGGGGGGAAAAGCGGAGACAGGCGCCUCCGUCUUCCCCCUGCAGCUCGUCUUCCGCUACAACGCGAAUCUCGAGGUGACGCUUCUGCAUGCAGUCCUGCCGCCCAAGGCCAUGCCGCACCCCACAGUCCCUUAUCUCCAGCAUCUCUUUCCAGGCAACUUUGCGGACCUCGGCGAAAUGCCCGGCGCCCUCGAUCCGACUCAGGGCUGGUUGUUCAACUGGGUAGCCGCGAUCGCUUGCCUGCCUCCGCCGCCAGGAUGUUGCGCUUCAGCGCACGUGAACGUCAAGGAAUUUGUGGCUGCGAUUCGCCGACGAGUCUACGCCCGUGUCUGGACACUCCAACUUGUCCAUCACUACUGCCGGCAGCCGGAUCGCCCGCCACCCGUGCAGGCUCUUCACUCGCUUCUUCUUCUUCUCCCGUCUCCAGGGUCGGCGCUGGGCACUUGCGUCCUCUUUGCGCCUAUCACUGCCUUCGAAUUCUCUGCGCUCUCGGCAGCUCCUGCGGAGGCGAUUUCCCUUUUCUGCGGAACCGACGAAACGCGCCCAGGAGAGAGAGACACCAACUCGCCUUCUCCCAUCGGCGCCUUCUCUUCGAGUUCAGUUCCGGUCUCGGCACUGGACCGGAAGAAGAGAGACGAAGAGUUGGAAAAAAAUGUUUGGAUGAAGAUGCAAGAGGCGUUCCUCGAAGACGAAGACGCACUCGCGUUCAAAGCGAUCUUCGAGGCACAAGGUCGGCGCGUUUACGCGCUCAUAAAGGUCUUUCUGAAUGACAAUCCGGCACAGUUCCGCCUGUUCGAGGAGAGUGUGGCGCCUGCGACAGCUGCUUCGCUUACAGAAGCAAAAGAAGAGAACGACGACGCGGGAAACAGCGAGAUGAUGGAGUCUGAAGAGAUACCAAAGGAAGACAGACGAGAGGAGAUCGAGGAGGGACCGGGUGGCCCCUCUCUGGAGGCACUGGAGGAGAUGGUCAAUGCGACGGUGGUGGAGCGUUUCUCCGCGUAUCCCGCGAAGCUGUCUCUGGGCCUUCUCGCAGCCCAGAUUGAGCACCUCAAGUGCGGUGUUGACCGUUACGUCCGGGGCGAGAGCCUGCAGCUGCAAGCAGCCGGCGAAGAGAGAGGCGAGGUGGACGGCAUCAGCGACGUGAAGAUGGUGAAGAGGGACAUUUUGUCGGGAAGGCGCUUUCGAGGCGAGAACGACGGCGAGGGUGAAGGCCUCCCUGCAGUCGACGAGGAAGAUGCGGUUGUUGCUUAG